CGAAUUUGAAUUUUAUUAGUGAAGUUUAAGGGCUCGUUUGCUUGUUGAAUUUGAAAAUGAGGGUUUUGAGUUUUAAAAACCUUUAGAUUUAUGAUAGAUUUGUUACAUUAUGGAUUUGAAAGAGUACAUUGUGUAUGUUUAGUUACUUUUAUCAUGGAUUUAUGAUGGACUUGUCUCGCAAAUUUGCUUUCCAUUAUCAAAUUCCAAAUGAAAUGUGAGAUUUAAAAAUCUGCAGGGUCCACGGAUUUGAAUCUAAAAAAAUUGUUCAAAUCUGUGGCCCCCACGGAUUUGUGUCCCUUAUCAAACAAUGAACUUGUGCUAAGUCCUUGAUGCUUGGGAUUUGGGUGCCAAAAUUCAUCACCCAAAUCCAACAAGCAAACGAUACCUUAAUACCUUGAUCAUCAUUUAUUUCGGUUUUGUUAAAACCUGUUGGAGCCUAGAUACCCGUGAACCCGGAUCUUCGUGCGUCUGAGGCUCCCCUGAAUCUUUGAAGGCGCUUCACCUGCACACCACACACACAGAGGAGGACACAUGAGCCUGUUAAUCCUCCAACGAUCAAAUUAGUCUGAAUUCUAGAGAGAGAAUCCGAUCUGCAUAAAUGUUACCUAUCAGCACUACUUAUACUCAUCAAAUCUUCGACAAGGCUCCUUCCUUCCCGUCCUACGUCAGCAUCGCAUUUAAUGCUCUGUACCAUCCCACGACUAGGCGUCCCGACCAUCUUGCCAACUUUUUAUGACAACAACUAGGUGCCCAGGUGAAGACCAUCGACAAUUUGUACUAUUUUGAAUCCUAGCGGGUUUUGUCGCUACGCCCCUCCAUUCUCCUACCCCGUUGUGGCUUGUUGGGCCAAUCUACUCUUUGAACCCUAUUGGGCCUCUGCAUAUGCCUAUUCCUUUGUAGUACUCCCACCAAAACCAAAUAUUAUUUUCUCGAUAUAUUUCUCCUUAAUGCUAAACAUGAAUAACAGCAAGAAGCACUAUCACUGACGGUAGCAGAGCUGGUACUUAACGGUCAGUGGAACCUGCAGUAUUUACGUGCCUUUUUGCAGGAGGAAAUAAUCAGCCUCAUUCAGCUCCACCCAAUCCCGAAUGGAGAAGGUGAGGACGUGGCAGUCUGGCGUUUAACUCCAGAUGGGUGCUUUUCGUUGAAGUCGGCAUAUGUUUUGACGGAGGUGGAGGAUUAUCCCGGCGGCUCACACCCUAUGUGGAGGACGCUAUGGCGGAUCCCUGCAACUCAGCGGAUCAGAGCCUUCUUCUGGCUUGUAGCGCACCAGAGGCUGCUCACUAAUUGUGAACGGCGACGGAGACACUUAACCACGGUGGCCACCUGUCAAGUUUGUGGAGGAGAUGAGGAGUCGACCAUGCACGUCAUACGCGAUUGCCUCUAUGCUCGUGCUGCCUGGGCGGAAUUCCUACAAGAGGAGCCUGAUAAAGCCUUUUUCCAAAAUGACAUGAACAGAUGGAUUCUACACUAUCUGCCUGGCCGCAGCUUGCAUGUGGCACCAACCAGGUUUGCAGUGAUGUGUUGGUCUCUUUGGAAGAAUAGGAAUAAAUGGGUAUUCGAAAAGGAGAUAGAGUCGAUACACUCGCUAGCCUGCAGAGUGGUGACUAUGGAGAAACAGAUUGAGGAGGCGGAGACUAAGGCUGCCCGGGUCUUCGCGGGGAGCCAAGCCACUACCCGGCGGCUCAUUGCCUGGACGCCACCCCCGACAGGUUGGGUAUGCAUUAAUACGGAUGGUUCGGUGGUUAGUGGGAACGCGGCGGCAGGAGGAGUUAUCAGAAGAGAAGACGGCCGUAUGCUGAGAGCUUUCUCUAGGAACUUGGGAGAAGGAUCAAUUACUAAGGCGGAGUUGGCAGGCAUAGUUUUUGGAUUGCAAACAGCUUGGGAAAUGGGAUUCCGGCAGGUACAACUCCAAACUGAUUCCCUCGCAGCGAUUAAUCUUAUUGGCAGCGCAGGAGAGCGGCAUCCCCAUUUGGCUUUGAUUUCGGAAGUGCGUUGGCUGCAAGCCCUUGAUUGGCAGGUAGAAGUUGUUCAUGUGUACAGGGAAGGGAACGUCGUUGCUGACUACCUCGCAUCUCUUGGACAUGGACGUCCGCCUGGUGACCACUUUGUGGAUGUUCCUAGUCCACUUUUGAACUACUGGCUGUACUUUGACUGUAUUGGAGUUCUUACUCCUCGUUUAAUUAGCAUUAGUUGAAGGUUGGGGUGCCCUUAGCAUCCCGUUUCUCCACCCAAAAAAAAAACAUGAAUAACUAAAUCGACAAUGUUCUGCCACUUAUUCUUUGUGGCUCAUAUUUCUCGAUAUAUUUCUCGUAACAGAUCGCAGGAUUUUGGAUUCUGCUCAUUUCAACUUUGAACCAAGCUCGACCCAUUUCUGGUCAGGAUGAGAAAAUGGAACUGGUCAGCCGACCUGGAAAAGGACUGCACAAGUAGACAUAGCAGCCGAAAAAGGCUGGAAAAUAUUCAACUUGUAUUACCAUCUCUAUUAUUAAUCAUCAAUUCAGUCAUCCGCGUAUCCCCUUAAAUUGGUAAUUUAAAACAAAUAUUUGACUAGCAGGUCAAAUGUAUAAACUGAAAAAAUGUUGUUUAAGAAUCUUUAUGAUUAUGUCUCUAAGAGUCUAAGUUAAUCCACGAAAAAAGUAAAGUCUAUUUUUUAUCCAAAUAUUUUUUAGAUUUUUUUGUAUUAACCAAACCUAUUAAAAUUCUAUUAAUUAUCUACAUUUUCAUAAUGUAUUAAAAUAUUAACAAUUUUUAUGUUAUCGUUUAUAAUUUUGUAACUUUUUAUUAGUUAAAAUAUUAAUUUUUAUGUUAUCGUUUAUAAUUUUGUAACUUUUUAUUAGUUAAAAUAUUAAAUUUUUUGAAUGUUGAUUUUUAUUAGUCUCUUCCAAGUCAGUAUCAUGUUACCACUAAGGCCCAAGAGGGUGUCGAGUAGAGAUGGAUUGCCGAAACUUGGGCUUCCAACAUUGGCCGGGCGGGCGGGCGCGCCUUAUUUCAAGCGACUCUCUUUAUACUUGAUACUUGAUCCCAUGUCUUACAACUUGCAAGCAGCCGGACUUUUUUUUUACUCGAAUUACACAAAUAUUAAACGUUUGUCAUAUGAAUUGUUUUUAUUUCGUAUUCGUCACUAAUUUUAAGAAUCGUUUCUUCGUUAGUCAACAAUUGUUAUACUCUGUUAAAUUUAUCCUACAUGGCAGUCAACUAUAAAGUUUAACUGUUAACUAGAUGACAUGAAAAUUUUAAAACAAAAAUCUCAGCUCAUCACUCCACUUACUUUGUCUAUAUAAUUUUGUUAGUAAACCUAUUUUUCACUUUACUACAUUUCAUUUGUUGUUAUAAUAUUAACAUAAAUGUAAGUAUAAAAUCGUAGCCCUUAUCACCAAAUUUUCAAAGUAUAAAAUUAAACACACGGGCUACCCUUUAACCCCCACCAUAUAACAUACGAUUUCCAAAAGAUUUUGAUCACUUAUCUUAUUCGAUCUUGAGAAUUAUUAUUAUUUUGUUAAGAAUGAUGAGUUAGAUUAAAAGAACUUUUUGUGGUAACUUGUAGUAAUAUGAUAUUUUCUUAUUUAAGAUUUUCUAAAUUUUAAGUUUUAUAUAUUUUAAAAUUACUUUUUGGAGGGAACCCAAAUAUAUGAAGUUUAUGGAUCCGUUACACAAGCACCCCGGCCCAGAUGGGACCUGAAAACUUCUUUCAUUCCUCCCCCUCGUUGGCUCUUGCCGCCUUUCUUAAAUGCCCUCGAGCCUCUUUUGCGCUGCUUAGAAUCCGUCGAUUUGACCCCAUAUGAGAGGAACAAAUAUAAAAGAGGGGGGACGAUGGCUUGAGAAGAACUGCUCGCCGCUAGAGGAACUUUGCGUGGGAUUCAGACAGACUCUGGGGAAAGGGUUUUGAAGAAAAGAGAGUCGAUCGAAAUUUGUGGCAUACGUGGGUAAAUUUUAUCUUUUUCUCUAAAUUGAAUUACGAAAUUGAAAAUUUUAAUUUUGACAAAUAAUUACCUAAUGACAUGUCAGCCACAUAAGCUAUUUUUGUUGACUCGUUAACGGUGAAAAUUGCUAACAUAUAAAAAGUGAAAAUGGUUGACUAAUAGUAUUAAUAAUUAAUGCAAAAUUGA